AUGUCUGGAAGGUUUCCUGCCACCGCUGUGGGUCUGCGUAGCGGCUAUUCCGGGCUCGAUGAUGUGCACCCCGCCCCGCGAACGCCUCAUAACAAUCUCGCCCUUCCCUCUGGCCAGCGGCAGGUAAGCUAUGGCUUAUCUUCUGCACCGGAGGAUCAGAUCUUCGACGAUGACAAUGACGACUUCAAUGAGGGCUGUCGGUUUACCGUAGAUGCCUCAGAACCAGUGACGAGCGCCGAGCUCCGCACAGUCUACCUCAAUGGUUUAUCGGAGCGCACAACCUACGCCGAUCUGGUGUCCGUGCUUCGCGGAGGGAAGAUAUUGAGUCUUGUGAUGCGACCGGAGCGAGCAGCCUUGGUCUCCUUCGUUCAUGGUGCCGCAGACUUCAUCGCUUGGGCUAAGCGGAACGACGUCUAUGUGCAAGCGAAACGGAUUGAAGUGAAGUGGGCGGACCGCCAAUACCGGUUGAACGACCACAUUGCACAAAAGAUUGCACACGGUGCCACCCGAAAUCUCGUCAUCCACUCAGCAGUCGACAAAGGUCUGACGGAGCAACGCAUUCGCGAAGACAUGGAUCACAUCCACAACCUGGUCAUCAUCGAUGUCACCUUUCGCUCGGGUAGUGCAUAUGUCUCGACAAACUCGGUGCACAAUGCCCUGUUCGCAAGGACAUGCAUGAUGAGCCGCUCAGGGUACAAAGGCUGCAAAAUCGAGUUCUUCCGUGAUGCUUGCGACGUGCCUCUGCCUGCGCACACGCCGCCCGCGAGAGUGCCGGCCUCGUUCGGAUCGUUGAGGAAGAACCCAAGGGAGCGACGAGUCGCGAGCCAGACCAAACAGCCGCCACUCAGCAAUCGCUUCGACUUGCUCAACAUCGAUGGUGUUGAUGGGAGCAGCGACGGGGAUGACCGGAGCCAUUCGGGCGGAGACAGCGAGAUACGAUCGAUGGACCUCAAGACCGGUGUCGGUGUGAGUUUGAGAUUGCUGGAUGUGGAGAGUGCUGCGUGA